UACCUCAGCCCUUAUUAGAAAAACUGCAAAAACACACUUCUAAAGCUGCAUUCACAAUGACAUCUAUCUGGCAUACUCCAGGACAAGAGUGAUAUUUUCUCAUUUUAAACCGCACUAAAUAUUAAUUAGGCAGGCAGUGCAGAUUCCCCUGUUCAUGUGUGAAGAGGGACAGGUUACCUCACAGCGGCGGACGCACUGAAAGGCUUCAUUCUUCUAAGAAGGCUUUUGCAGCGGGCUGCAUUUGAACGGUUCACUCCUGAGACAACCGAGAAGGCAGGAGAAGGGAGAAACCCUGUAGCCUAACAAUGUCUGAGAGCCCUGAGGAGCAGCAGAGCACUGGGGUCUUGGGUCGUAUUGGGAGCUGGCUUUCUCCAUGGAGGGUAAAAGGUCCGAAGAGUCCCACUGAAAAUGCCCCCCCAACCAGCGAUCAGGCUGUUAAGUCAGAAGGAGAGGAGGAGAGUGAGGAUUCUGUGAGACUCCGGGCAGGGGAACAACAGUGGGAGGAGGAGAAGGAACAGAGCUCCAAUCCCAACCCACUCUGUCUCCCCAGAGAUAUUUUCCCCUGUGAAGAGGAGGACGCCACGCAGUCUGCCCACAGAGACGGCGCUGUUGUGAGCAGAACUGAGACAGCAGAAGGAGGUCCAAAGAAGGAGGAGUUUGUGGAGUGCAGGAAGAAGAGAGUUGGGCAGGGCAAGAAGAGGGAGGAGAGCAGUAACGGUACUUCAGCGAGCGGGAAUCUUGAGAAGAAUGCCAGUCAUCUGACACAUUUCUCUUCCUCUUCUGAGCAGGGAGUGGUAUGGGACUCUGAGAGGGCCCACACCCAACCUCCGGCCCAAAGACAAGCACAGGCCCAGACAGGCAGGAGGCUCCAUGUGUACCUGGAGGAGACCAGCGUGAUUCACUGUGGCCAAAACAGCCAUUCUGGACAGGAAGUUGUCCAAACCAAAGUCACAAAAAAGAACCUAAAGGUCCUCGGCAAAGCUAAAUCAUCACCGGGUUUUGAUUUGAACUUAAGUUCAAUAAGUGCAGAGAACAAAAGGACAGAUGUCAAAAGGACAGAUGUGAGGCCUGCUGUUGAGGCACAGAGUUAUAACAGUGCCCUAGUGGGAGUGUCACUGAAAUCACGCAAGCACUCGCAGUCAGAGCCUGAACCUGAAGAACAAACCGAGGCUGACAGCAUGGGGCGUAAAAACACAGCCAGAAGGAAAUCCAGGAAGAACUCUCAGGAAGAUGGAGCAGACAACUCCCAGGAGAAAGUGCCUCCCAGUGCCCAACCUGUCCCAGAGGGAAUCUCAACAUCAGAUAACUCCGUGUCAGAUGCUCAGGGCAAAAGUCCAAAGACUGCCAUGGGAGAGUCAUCUGUAAACUCCUCCUCCAAGCACAACCCCACCUCUCAGGCUUCACCUGAAGGAGCAGAGAGUAAGACUUCCUCUUCCGACACAGUCCAGCAGUUGGACAACUUCCAGGAUUCAAACUCAGUCAUUGCAGCCACUCUGGCAUGUGUUGAUGGGGGCGCAGACAUGGAGGACGACAACAGUCUUUACAAAGUAGAAAGGAGGACAGAGACACCAGAGUCCAAACGCAGGAGUAUGAAGGUUUCUCGAAGUGAGGUGAAGCUUUUUACAAAAUAUGUGCCUUUGAAUCCAAAGCAAAAUCCAACAGGAGACACACAGGAACUUAAGGCAGCGUUUAAGAAUAACAAAGAUGAAGCAAAGGAUAAGCCCAAUACAGAGAUUGAUGCCAGACUACACAAGCUGAAGAAAAUUAAUGAGGACCCUAAGCCAGUCGUCAGCCGCCUUGCGGAUAAAAUCAGCCUCUUUGAGCGCCCAGCAGUGAGGGUCAGCAAGCAGACCUUCCAAACACAGAGGAGUGCAGAUUUUGUGUUGUCAGACCAGAGAUCAAGUUCAGCUGAACGUUGCGGCAUGGCCAGGUCCAGCUCUGCGUCGCCCACCAGGGAGAAGCCGAUGACGAUCAAGGAGCGAGCGAGGAACUUCACAGAGGCAUCUAAAACAGAGGACAUGGCAGGGCUGCCUCAAACACCAGCUAUGAAAGGAAUGUCUGACAAUUCAACAUUGUCUGUUGCAGUUGCUGCAUCAAAGUCACCAAAACUGGACCAUCAGGGUAGACUGGAUACUAAAGAGCAAAUACAGGAAGCAAAGUCAGAGAUAACAUUGAAACCAGAUGGACAAGAUACCAGCACAGUAGGGGUAAAGAUUUCCAUAUCUAAAGAACAACCAACGAGCUCCAAAACAAAUGACACAGUGGCCUCAAAAACUGCAGAUCAGGGUACAAAACCUAACAGCGUUGAAACUGAUGUUUCAUCUAAAGGGCCGGGUGAUUCUGCAGAACUGACCAGUAGCAUUAGCCCACAGUCCAGAGGCCCGAGCAGAACAGCCUCCCGCUCUAAAAGAAGAAAAGGUCGGGAACCAACCAGUCCCAUCAGCCCAAAUAGUGAAAACAAACCAGAUUGCUUUACAAGGAAGCCAGAGCUCACUGCUAUAAAACAACAGGUGGAUGAUACAGAGGAGAGUGCUUCUGCCUCCAAACAGGUCUCAUUACCAUCUCAAAAAGCCCAAGGAAAUGCAUCAGACAAACAGAUAACUGAAACUGAAACCAAACGGAAAGCAUUUAAGAAGGAAUUGGAGGUGUUGGACAUACAGAAGAAACAGUUAGAUUCUUCAUUUAAAAAGGAGAAUAUCGACAAACCGGUCAGCAGACAGGAGGGAUUGCCUGAGCCAUCUGUCAACAAAGAUGAACCUGAUACUGCUGCUCAUAGCAGCGAAACAAAGACGCCUAUUGACAAAGAUCCUGGUAUUUUACCCCAAAAGGAGGAAAAGGCAGGGGGACACAGUCUCUUAUUCACACAGAAGAGAGACAAGGCCUCCAAGGACAGCAGAGAAACAUCAGCCUCCUCCCCCUCCCCUGCGGUUGAACGACCUACUGAAACGUCUUUGAUGGAGCAAGAGCCCCCUGUUGAACAUCCUAAAUUAGAUAAAGAAUUGUCGAUGCAAUCUGAAUCAAAAAGUAAAAGUGAAGCGAGUGAAGCGAAUAAAAAAGACACUGGGCAAACACCGCAACCCCGAAACAAAGACAUAGAACUAACAAAUCAGGCAGAGAAUAAAGAUGUGGAUAAAUUAGAAAAGGUAGAGGGCGAAAAAACUAAUCAGACAGAGAGGAAAAGCAAAGAAAAACCACAGCAGCUCCUGCAUUCAGAAAAAAUUACCACAAAGGCCAAGGUUUCAGACAGCAGACAAGGUAUCUCGGGGACAGAGGGUAGAGCUGCUAGGGAUGAUGAAAGAAAAAAUGCUGAAAGAAAAGAUGAGACACAGCUGGUCAAAGCCAUAACAAAACCAGAAACAAACCAAGUCAAACAAGUCUCUCAGUCCUCCAAAAAGACCGGUGUAACAUCAGACCUUUCUGCUCAAAAACAACAUGUCGGAAAUACGAGGACUACACAUCCCGAAAAGGCUGCUGUUUGUGCCGUCACCCAGACUAAUGAGGCUGUGUGUGUGUCUAAGAGUGAGAAAGGGCCGUCAAAGGAAGAAAAAGCAACUAAUGGGCCUCCUGAGUUGCAAACAAAGGCUGUAGAAAGCCCUGGAACCGACACAGGGCCAGUAGUGAUUGCAGAAGAACCACAGCCUCAUUCUGUGGAAAAAACAGAGAAUUCACCAGAUGACUCAUGUGCACAUGGAGCAAAUGAUGCUCAGUUCUCUAGCUCAACUUCUAUUACCAAAGCAACUACAGCAGCUGAGAAAGUGACUGUAAAAGCCGCUGGUGGCACUCCAGCGUUAAUAACUGCACAGACAGAUAAUAUGUCAGAGAAAGAAUUAUCUGUUGAAGAGUCUACUCCUAUUUCUGUCUCUAAAUCUGGAGCAGGGCAAGAUGAUGGGAAAGAAACUGUCAAAUUAGUGCCCUCGGAAGUCAACGUCUCCGGAGAUGUAAUGAAACUAGCUCUACAGUGUGAGGAAUUAAGAAAAACAAAGAGCACAAGUGACAUCACUCCACUCAAGGGCUUGAAAAUAAUAGCACAGAGCCCCUCUGAUAGUGCUGCUUCUAGCUCCACAGUUAAUGUGGUCAAAAAGACAGCUGAGAAAACAUUCCAUUCACCAAUAGAUGAACUUUCAUCUGUUGCUAAUGGUGAUAUCUUCCCACAUCAACAACUACACACUGUCAAAAAGGAACUGGUCAAUAACAAGCCAAGUCAAACUCCAAAAGCACCCACUUCCCCACAGGCUAAUAAGCCGAUCCCAGACUCAACCCAGCGUUCAACCAUGAAGAAACUCCAUUUGCCAAGGGGACUAAGCAAAGAUGAUUCUGCAACACGACAAGACGCCCCCUCAAGCUGGCUGGAUGUGGACUUUCCUAAACGGAGGCUUAAAGUCCCGGUGCCCAAACUGAGCUCUUCUGGAAGUGAGAGCAAUCUUCUGGACACCUCUGGUGAACUAGAUGAUGAAGAUUUUGUUGAGAAAAUCAAGAAGCUGUGCUCCCCGUUCUCCCUCCCGCCACGUAAACACAACCAACUCCGGCAACCUCAGCCGCCAUUCGCCAUGCCUGCCAUCAGGGAGGACCGCUUUGAGAAGACGUUUGACCCCGAGGAGUUUAAGUUUGGCCUGAGAAAGAAAAAUCAAUUCACCGUAGACACAACCCCAGGCCUUUUGGCCAAGCUCCAGAACAAGGAGACAAAAUCUGGCCUGAAGCCUGCCAGGGCUAGUUUGGCAGACAGGAGCAUGUUGCUCAGUAGCCUGGACACUCACUCUCGCCUCAGGGACAAGACCUCUGUCAAAGAUGAGGAAGAUGUCAAGGAAGAGAAAGAUGACCAGCUCAAGGUGAAGUCUCGCUUGGAGGGGAGCUGUGUCCUCAGCAGCCUCACCUCCUCAAUCUUAAGAGGGAAGAGGAAUGGAGUUCAAACGCAGGCAGAGGGCACCAAUUCUGGGGAUGUGUCACCUAGUGAAGCCCCCCAGCUAAGCCCUCCACCUUUAACCCAGCCACCCCCACCAAGCCCAACUGCUGCAGCUCCACUCAAAGAAACACUGGCCCUGAGCAACAGAGAGGAAGCCCAGGCUGUGGUCAGUGACUCAGGCCCUCCACUUCCCUCCUUUAACGACAUCAAGCUGCCGGACUAUUUAGAGAAGUACCUCCCCCGAGAACCAGUGAAACCAGUGCAGAGCAUACAAGGACAGCAGCAAUUCCAAACUACGGUUAUUGAAAAAAUGGCAACUCCAGCCUCCGGAGGUGAAGCAGAUCUGGCUGUGAAACCAGGUCCGGUUCUUCCUGAUGCUGUACCUCCAUGUUUUCCUGACAUUCCUUCAAUCACACACUCUACACUCCCUGAGCUUAAGCAGCCUUCGGCUCAGCCACAGGGAAGACUUAGUGAAAAUAUAAGAACUGCCAAGGGAUUUCACAAGCGCCCUGGAAAGAUGGUGCUGUUUGAGAAAGCUCAGUUCAGUGGCCAGGCGCAUGAGAUUUACAGGGAUGUAGCAGAUGCUACUUCUCUGCAGCUAUCACCUCUCAUUUCUGUAAAGGUUGUUAGAGGAUGCUGGGUGCUCUACGAGAAGCCUGACUUCCAGGGACGCUCCAUUGCCUUGGAGGAGGGAGGCAUUGAAUUGACAAAUGUGUGGGCAGAGCCUGGGCUGGAGACAGAACCACAGAACAACCCACCAAUGCUGAUUGGCUCGAUUCGACUUGCUGUCUGGGAUUACAGCCUCCCCCAUAUUGAUCUGUUUACUGAACCGGAAGGCCGCGGCAGAGUAACGCCUUACCAUGAUGACACAAUAGAGACGGGCUCGUUUGGCAUCCCACUGAGCACUGCUUCCAUCCAAGUGCACUCUGGGGUGUGGCUGGUGUUCAGUGACCCGGGGUUCCAAGGCAUGAUAGCUGUGCUGGAGACAGGAGAGUACCCUUUUCCUGAGACCUGGGGCUUCCCAUCACCAUUUGUUGGAUCUCUUAGACCACUUAAAAUGGGUGGUUUCAAAGUGGAGAAUCCCAAUGAAGUCAAGGCUGUGGUGUAUGAGAAGCCUGGCCUUGAGGGCUGUUGUUUGGAAAUCGACAGUGACAUUUUCAGCUUUUGUGAAAGUGAAGCCGUUGCUGCAGAUGGAGCAAACUUUGACGCAACAAAACUGAACUCUGUGGGUUCUUUAAAGAUCAUCGGAGGACUUUGGGUGGGCUACAGCGAGCCUGGGUUUGAGGGCCAGCAGCACAUCCUGGAGGAAGGAGAGUACCUGGACUGCAGUGACUGGGGAGGCUCAGAGCAGCUCCUUUCACUGCGACCAAUACUGGCUGAUUUCAUGUCUUCGCACCUCAAAAUGUUCAGCGACAUACAAUUCGGUGAGCUGGGCGUCAACAUUGACCUCACAGUGCCCGUGAUUAACAUGGAUGACACAGGCUAUGGCAUGAAGACGCAGUCAGUUGAUGUCAUGGGAGGCGUCUGGGUUGUGUUUGAGGAGCCGGGCUUUUGUGGUGAGUGCUACAUCCUGGAGAAAGGCCUGUAUGGAAGCCCAGAGGACUGGGGGGCGCUACAGCCCAGAGUUGCCUCAGCAAUGCCUGUCGUGCUGGAUGAUUUUGAGAACACAGCCAAGUUUAAGGUGCAGCUUUUCUCUGAACCAGGUUUUCAAGGCUCUGUCCUCCCUCUGGAGGACAGUGUGGCAUCCCUGCAGGAUGGUGUUUCUGUAGCCUCGUGCAAGGUUCUGGCUGGAAGCUGGCUGGCAUUUGAGGGCCAGGACUUCACUGGAAGGAUGUAUGUGUUAGAAGUGGGGAGCUACCCAGACCUGAGAGCAAUGGGAUGUGUUAAUGCGAGCUGCUCCAUCCUGUCACUACAGACUGUUGGCUUUGAGUUUUCACUGCCAUCCAUCACUCUGUUUGAGCGGUGUGGUCUGUGGGGGAAGAGGGUGGUUCUGACAGAUGGAUCAGUCAACCUCCAGCUGGCUGGAGGCUGCACCAGAGUCCAGUCUGUGCUGGUGGAAGGAGGCAUGUGGGUAUUAUAUGAGGGAAUCAACUAUCGGGGUCCUCAGAUUUUGCUAAAACCUGGUGAGGUGCCUGAUUGGCGCAAGUUCAGCAGCUGGCAGAAAAUUGGAUCCCUCCGCCCUCUUUUACAGAAGCGAGUGCACUUCCGUUUAAGGAACAGACAAACGGGGCUCAUGAUGUCAGUGACCGGCGAUUUGGAUGAUGUCAAACUGCUGCGGAUCCAAGAAGCAGAAGAGACUGGUGAAUUUGAGCAGAUCUGGUUCUACCAGAAUGGACAUCUCCACUGCAAGCUGCUGGAGGAGUGCUGCCUGAGUCCCAGUGGUAGUGUGACGAUAGCAGGAAGCCGCGUGGGUCUCACUCCAGAGCCCGACAACCAAAUCCACCUGUGGAGCAUCACCCCUGAGGGCUUUAUCUCCUACACCCCCACCUCUGAUCUGGUCCUGGACAUCAAAGGGGGCCUUCACUAUGACAAAAACCAAGUGAUUCUACAAACACUUGAUCCAAGUAAACUACAACAAAGGUGGGAUGUGGAGAUUAUAUGAUAACAUAUGAGCUGCUGGACUGGAUCCUGAAUAUUAUCAGAGGAACAGCUCUACCAGAGGCUCUGUUAUGCAGCUGCAGGACAAGUGCAAAAGGGCGAGGUACGUCAUUAGAGAUGCUCAACUUCUGCAGGACUACAAACAUUUCCAAUGAGGUCAACAUGAAGAGGUGUGGAUCAAUCCAUAAGAAUGUAUUCCUACUCAGUGCAGAGUCUGAACUUUAAAUAUUUUAUACUUUACACUUAACCAGUAAUAUAUUGGCUCUUAUUUUUUGUCUUUUCAUUGAAUGAAUCUGUUCGCUUGAUAUUAAUUAACUUAAACAGUGUUAACACUUUUUAUGCAACGUCAUUUUAUAUACGUAUAUAUAUAUACACACACUUUAUAUAGAGCCUUAUUUUCCAGCUGCAUGCUACAUUGCUACAUGAGGAAACAAAAAUACAGUUUCUCUUGAAAUGUCUUUUUCUUUGUUUAAUCAAAAUGAUACAGCAAACUUUUGUUUUCAGAAUGGUAAUAAAAGUAUUUUUGUCAA